AUGGAGUUGUAUCCUGAACACAAAGAAAAGCUGAAAAUGUUCUGCGUUACAGAUCAGCAGUUAGUUUGUACCAUUGGCAGUGAUGGGGAGAAACACAAAGGGCACAAGUUUACACCAGUCAAAGAAGCAGCUGCACUUUUGAGGAAGAAGUUGGAGAAAUUUGGGCAACGCAUUGCUGAUGAUAUCAAUGCUACCGAGAGGCUGGCCAACACACAGAUGCAGGGGAUGGCAAACACUGUCGACAAGGCUCAGCCGCUGAGGACCCAGGUCAGCAGACAGUUUAGGGAGAUGCACCACUUUCUGAGAAGGAGAGAAGAUGAGAUCAAAAAUGACCUGAAACACAAAGAGUUAAAUGAUCUGGAGGAAAUGAGCGACACAUUAGAUACCAUUGAAACUGUUAUGUCUGAGAGCAGAGUGCUGGAGGCAAUGGUAGCAUCUGUUCUGGAAAUCACAGACUCCGAGAAGUUCAUAAAGAGCUGGACUGAGAAUAACGGCGACUCCGGAACAUUUAUUCAGACCCAGAGCCAGUGAGUUACAAGUGGUUAAUGCCUCUCUCUUUGGGACCGUAUGAAAGUCACCUGCAGUUCUUCAUGUGGAAGGAGAUGCUUCAGGUCGUUCAGCCCCGAGCAGAACUUCUGUCACUCAAAACAAACAGCACAAUUAUAACCAUAUCUGAUGAUAGGCGAAG